CUCCCCCUCUCCAAAUGUGUUUUGGGUUUCUCUCCUUUCCUCCUCCUCCUCCUCGUUCUUCUUGUUAAGCGUCUCUGCUCUGCUUGGACGGUGGCUGCAUCGAUGCAAAAUGGGUUGUGGCAAUUCCUCAGCCACCACCACCUCAGGAGGGGGGCCAGCAGACGCAUCCAAAGAUGUGACAGAAGAUCCCUCGGUAGACGAUGAGAAAAGAAGGAACUAUGGUGGUGUAUACGUAGGUCUACCAGCAGACCUGACCACUGUGGCUGCUAGUCAGUCCAAGUCCACACGUAAAGACUAGCAGCUACUGAAGGGGACACAACACAGGAUCCUGCAUAUUCAUUCACCUAGAGACACUCACAUUACAAGCAGAGAGCAUGUAAGUGCUCUGAUUCUGGCUCACCACACACUGGCUAAAGUCUCAGGCUUUAACACUUUUACUGAGCGAGGAUGUGGACAGCUUGCAGGGGCUCUGAGGACGCUGCCUCAUGGCGUCAUGGGAGGCACAUUGACGCAGGGAUGCACAGCGGAGGUCUGCGUACGGCAUCCAUCAUCAUCACCCUUCACUUUGCAAAAAAAAGAUGGGCAUCAAAGCAGACAGGCACCCACCCUAGGACUCGCAGCUGCGGGCGGCGGCAGCGGGCAUUGUGACAGCCAUCUCGGCUUCUCGGUCAUGGCACUGGAACGCUCUCUUUCUUUCUCAGGAGGAGACGGGGGAACCCAGCCAACUAACUCACUUACUAACUGUCUGGGACUCACACACAUUCCCAGUGGCCCUCUGCAAUAAUAAUCACUGCUCAGUUAUUUCUCUAAAAUGCCAUCAAUGAUUCAUUGUGUGGUGGAGACAGACAGUUAGAGAGACAGGGAGAAAUCAGAGUUCCACAGAAGGCAGCGAACACAUCCCUGUGAAUGCAUCACAGAACAUCUCAGCGUUGUUGAAAAUAGCUUUGAUUUCAAAUCAGGCACCAGAAAAGUCUGAAAAUGACGCUGAUUAUAAUUAACAGAUCUAAGUGCUAAUAACAGCAAUGGGAUAAGUUGAUGAUGUUUAAAUUUUAAAAUUUACUGUAGAUGCUCCUAAACCUAAAUGUCCUGAGUGCACCAACCAGGUAGUAGCUGUUGUUGUCACUCACCUUGUGCCCCAGACUGAUUAUAUAACAUCAGCAUAUGACUCACGAUACUUAGAGGAUCUCUCUCUCUCUCUCUCUCUCUCUCUCUCUCUCUCUCUCUCUCUCUCAUGCUCUCUCUGCAGCAUGUUGUUUCUUUUUCCCUGAAGAUCUCUGCUGCAAGUGCUUCUGGGUAAUUCAUACAGCUCUUAUAAUGUUUCUCUUAAAAUUUACAGAAACAGAAUUGUCUCACAGUUUGUUCCUAGCUCGCAACAUAAAUGUGAUCUCAUGUGUAACAGCAAAAACAAUUGUGUCUUUGAAGAAAAAAAAAAAUGACAGGAGACAGGAAACAUAGUAAGAAAAGAAGCAGAGAUGUUGAUUUUGGUUUUCCCCUCCUUCUUCAUGCUAGUUUAUUUUCACACUUACAGUUUAUUGCAUUGCUUUGUAAUACCAGCACUGAUUUUAUUACAGAAUAUUUUACACUUUAUGUGACAAUCUGAAUUGUGAAUGUUGUUUUACUGUAUGUAAUCUGUUAAUGAUGAGGCUGGUUUUAUUCUAUAUUAUUCUUAUUCUUAACAAAUCCCAUGAGA